UAGAUCUUGCCUUCAAUUCUGAUGUCACCCUAUGAAUCUAAUUUGUGAUAGAUGUUCAUGGAGGUGGAGAUGUUUGUAGUAUCUUUCAUGGUUUGUAAUCAUGUGGUUCUGCCCGAUUUAGUUAUUGUUUAGGCAUGACUAGUUCUCGGGCAUUUCCGGAAUGUAAUCACUGUAAUACACUUCAGCUCUUCCUUCUGUCUCCACUCUGUUAUACACCUGAAUGAAAUUACUGGAAAGUCCAAGAGGGAUUGUGUUUCAUCUCACUGCUUUCUUUAUGCCUCUGAAUGUUUAUUAAGUAGGUAAAUAUGCUUGCCUGGGAGAAAGUCGGAAUUGCCUUGAAGCUAUCAUUGGAUUUAUCUUGUCUUUCGCAUGAGCUGACCAAAGCAAUCUCCUCUGCAUUGGUUGAAAUGGUUAGCAGCAAUUAGCAUACUGAAGCGCCGAUAAAAACCAGAAUUGGCCUACUUUUGGGAAGCCAAUGGCCAUAAGGACUAGGCUUUUAACUUUCUUCACUAAAAAGUACGGAUGGUUGCAGAAUGAGGUUACACCACGGGCAUGUAAUAGUCAGUUGAUGUCUCUUUAAGGUAUGAUUUACUACCUAUCUUUUGGAGGAGGAUUUAAGCACGUUUGAUUAGUCAAUCUGAUCAUUGUACUAUUCAUAACAUUUGGUUUCAUGCUCAUGUUGCUGUCUCAGUACAAAUUCAUGGUACAAUCUUUUCUCCUGACUAAGUUUUCAGAUUUUGUUUUCUUGAAGUAUACGAACUAAAUUAGCUAAACUUUUCUGAUUUUGUUUCUCGAAGAACACAAACUAAAUUUGCUGACACAUUUUCGCCAGACGCCAUGUUAGCGUGUUGCAAAUUUCUACGUUCGUCAUGUAUUGAUACUGAUGUGAAGAGUUAAAGGAACUACUUCGUCGUUUAUAUGACACAUUGAACCUUAAAAGUCCUACUUUCCACAAAUGAAAUUAUACCAAAUAAUGAUAUUUAACAUGUGUAGAUACCGGUUAAAAGUAUAGAACUAUUAGUCUAUAUAUUACUCCUACUCCCGGACAUGAGUUAUACAGAAUAAAGAAUAACUGGCUUAUACUGUCAUAUAUGUGGUGAGUUAAACCUUUUUGGUCAUUUAUUGAGCAUAAAUAGCCAACAAUAUACGGCAUAUGUUCAUGACGUAUGUAAAGACUUUUAAGGCAGACAAGUGAGAACAGGCUUAUUUUUGUAAAACAAUGUAAACAGUUUGUCGUUUAACGUCACAGAACCUUUUGAGUCAUUCCUUUCGUGACGCAUGCACCGUACGGAAUAACCGUAAGAUAUCUGGUCAUAUAUGCUCUGAGUUACACUUUUUAAGUCAUUUAUUGAGCAUAAACAGCAGAAUUAUCAUGGCCAACUGAAUCAUGCUCAUGACGUGCACGGAAUGAUAGAUUGUAAUGGAAAGAUACUCAGCUGACUGAGAAUAGGCUAGUUUUUAUGAUUAACAGAAUUACCAUUCUCCUUUUAACCUUAUCGAAAAGAUCCUUCAAAAGUAGAAUCGUAUCUAGGCAGAUGACGGCGCUCUUUUAAUGGAGCUAUGAUACUGACAAACAGAAGUGACCACUUGAUGCCACAUUUGAUCAUAAUCCUCAGAUUUCCAUGUUUUGGGGUCCUAUGAGUACGCAAUUAAGUAACAAUUCAAACUCUUUUGGUAAACUGCGCUACAAGCUCAGUCUUGUGAGCUGCAGACUUUAUCUUACCAUCAAAUAAUAUAUUUUGGGACAGUAUUCCUUGGUUGAUGGUAUGUCUCUUUGGUAUGCAUAAAAGGCUAGCUUUAUUAGCUGAUAAUGUCUUCGGCAUUAAUCAGUGAUGGAAGAUGCUAUAGAUGACAGCUUAUUUCAAGUAUUUCAUUAGUUGCGGCAUUCAUAUAAAGCUUAUUGGGCGUACCUGAAUGAAGAAAAGAAAGGAAGCCUGGUAACAAUUAAGGUGGAGCAUUGAUUAUGAAUCACACAAUAUUAUCUGGAUUCCCAGAACUUCAUAGUACACUAAAUAUGAAAAAUCUAUUCCCUCAAGCUUUCAUAAUGGAGGAGGAAGACUUGACUGAAGCGCUGCCCAGCGGUUAUAUAAGCAGGUUUUGGGGGUGUAGACUUCACUUCUAACAACAGAUUCUCUACGAGAAGAGUUCUCUCUGGUGAGUCUCCUUCAGGUUUAUUUUCUUACGCUCCAUGUAUUGUAGAGUGCUCUAUAUCUUUCUUCAGAGUUCACUUGAUCUGUGAUCUUAUAUUAACUUUGUGGUUUUGAGAUUUUUUCAGUGAACAAGACAUGGGCCAUGAGUUCCAUGUACUGUUUCUGACUGAUUACUUACAGGCACCAUUCUGGUGUUAAAACAUGUGUGCCAAUUGCAGGCAUUCUUGCUCAUGACUGAACUGUUUGGCUAUUGCAAUUUUGAGUUUGGGCUACUCAUGUUUCUUUAACCCUUGUCUUUUUGCCUGAUUUUCUAUUUUGGCUGGUGAUUCUGCCACAAUGAUGAUGCACUUUUAGAGGUUAAAGCAGUCUCUUUCUUCCAGUAACCACUUGAAAACUCUACCAGAUGCACUUUUUUUGUGGCGGCUACAUAUACUCAAUUGACUUCAGCAUCAUAUACAUAAUUUCUUUAUUUCAUUUUUUCAGGAUUCUGCUGCUUUUUGUAGUUUUUUCAUAUAUUCUGUUGAAUUUUACUUUGUUAAUCACAAAUGUCUGCAUUCAGUUUUAUCAGGCUUUGGCAGAUCUUGCUGUUCGUGUUAUCAUGGAUGGUGCAAUAGAUCAAGUGACACUGGAUGAAUUCAAGCUUUUCUAUGGGCUUGAUCGGGAAUUGUAUAUUAUUCUGGUGAGGGAUCUUUGCCGAAACCCCUCAGAGUGCCUGCAAAUUAUGGGCCUGUGGCUGUGGUUGGAACGUGGAGGCAUUUGCAAUGUCAUAAGCAAGAUCUUGUCCCUCACUCCAUACAUGAUCAAUGGACUUGCUGAUGAGGCUUUGACAUGCCUCAGCUUAAUCAACAAUCAGUUCCCAGUAUCAUCCGAAGCUGCUGAUAUUCCAUUGACUCACAGUCUUGUGAAAACUGGCAUCUCUCUGCAGUACUUCCUGGAAAACCGGCGCACUGUUUUCCAUGAAGUCCAAAGUUUGGUGAGUGAUGUCUACAUCCCUGCACUAUCUGACAUAAUGGAGAUAGCUCGUCAUGGUGGUUUUGGAGAAAGCUCGACUCAGAACGAGGUAAAUACACCCAUUGCUGCUUCAGUUCCAUCAGCAAGCCAAACGAGGGUGCUGCCUUCCACAGCAAACCAAACGACAGCAACACCUUCCUCAGCAAACCAAACGGUGGCGACACCUUCCUCGGCAAACCAAACAUCAGCGAUACCUUCCUCAGCAAACCAAACACCAGUGAUACCUUCCUCAGCAAACCAAACAAGGUCCCUAUCUUCUUUGGUCGACUCUUUGGUGCGGAGUCUCUCUAAUUUGAGCAUUGAAGGAGAGACCAGGUCUCGUGGAAACGAGAACCCAAAGUAUGCUCGCACCAUGUUUGCUACAUUCUCCAAGGGCUAUCCCGUGAGCGAAACCGAAGUCCGGCAGUUCUUCACUCGGAUGUUCGGCAAUUGCAUUGAGUCAUUCCACAUGCAAGAGGUAGGUCCUGAUGAGCAAGCCCUUUAUGCCAGAAUCGUCUUCCAUCGACCAUCCUUCAUCCAAGUCAUUCUCAAUGGAGACACCAAGGCCAAGUUUACCAUCAAUGGGAAGCAUGUGUGGAUGAGACAGUUCAUUCCGAGGAACGGGCGGGGGCUGCCGUGCGGGUGCGCUAGCGUGGGACCCUCGACCUGCGCCCAUCACCACUAAUGACUAAGUGUGCCUCGAUGUAAUAAUCACCCUUAAUUUCUGUCUGUAUUAACUAGUACAGUGAUGUCAUUUCGUCGUUUUCAUUCCUCCCCUUUUGUCUUUCUUCCUCCCUUUAAUGUCCCGGGUCCUGAGUGAUGAAUUAGUUGUAACCGAAGUCGUCUAAUGUAUAAAAGCUGUUUGGUGUUUGGUGUUAUUGUUGUUGUAAUGACGUCUUGUGUUUCUCACUCUAACUCGAAUCCGGAUGUGUGUCUGGUUGUAAGAACUGAGAAGAGUGAUGCAUUUGGUGUACAGAAUGAGAAAUCAGCAACCAUUUCCACAAAAUCAAGAAAGAAGGUGUUGCUGAUGCAUAUAGUAGUAAAAGCAUUUAAUUCUUGGGAUGAGAUUUUAU